AUGGGUUCCCCACCUAAAAAGGAGGAUCCCAGGGUAAAAUGCAAGGACUGCGGAGCCUUUGGGCACAAGGCAAGCAGCCUCAGGUGUCCCAUGAAGCGUUGGGAUGGGGCCCAACACCCCCAGGCCCUGGGCUCCAAGAAGAUGAAGGAAAACCGGAUACCAAGGGCCCCUAAGGACCUUCAAAAGCCAGGGACCAUUAACAUAGCUGCCAGAGAGGAGGAGCAGAGAGCAAGGUGUGAAGAACAGAGACAGGCUCUACUCCAGAGAUUUCCCCAGAGACCCCCAGGGAGACCCCAGCAAACCUGGAAGGGACAGAUGAAAUCCUGUGACUAUGUGAGGCAUCCAAAGAGACCGAUACCCAUCCACAUGGCCCAGAGGAUAUGUGUCCCAGACACAGCUCUCACCAGAAACUCACCUACCAGGAAAGCUGGCAUGACAUGCACAGCUUCUCUCAUCAAAGGCGAUGAGCGGAACACCUGCUCCCUUCCUGGACUAAACGGUGGACGGGGCGUGCCCGUCACUGGCACCCCUCACGCAACGUGCACACGCUUUGUCCAGGAUCCUACCCACACUGUCCAGCAGAGGGACAACAGGCCUCGCUCUGUCGCCCUUGAAGAUCCCCCGGCUUCCUCCAAGACACAUGGCCUGGGCCAUGCCCUCCUCCCUCAGGCACAAGCCAAGUACCCUGACCUGGACUCACAGCCUCUGACAUCCUGCGGCCCAGAGUUCGGGCCAGGACCCAAAAUCAGCCUCCAGGCACCUGGCAAGAGAGCUGAUCGGACCUCCACCCAGACCUGCCAGAACCCCCAAAAGAAACCCAGACUCAGCCCCAGUCUUCCACCUGGACUGAGACCUGCAGUGGAAAUGCAGGCUCCCACCAUGACAACUGCCCAGGGACAGAGCAUCGACCCCCAGCCUCCACACAAGGGAACUCUCCGCAUGACCCUCCAUGUUUACCAAGCACCCCCACACCCGGCGGUCCUCGGGUUCCCCACCCACCCCUCCGAAUUGUUUUCACUCGAAUAG